AUGGGAGUGGUGAAGGCUUUCCAAAGUCUGGUGGGUCUGGUGCUGGAGGGCGAAGCCGCCCGGCGUGCGGAGGCGGAGUCCUUUGGGGAGAGCUGGACGCAGCGCUGCUUCGCGCUGCCUUGCGGGCUCACGGACUGCCCGCAGCUCACCGGCAUGACCUCGCCCCCGGGGCUGCGGCCGCGGGAGCCCCGCCGCGGAAUUCCCUGCAACGAGCAGCUGGUGGAGGUCUUGGAUCCGGACGGUCACGUUUUGUGUGAGCCCCGGACGCUGGCAGAGUGCCUGGACUCGCGGCUGUUGCACCGCGCAGUGCACGUGUGGCUCUGCGUGCCCCGCACCGGGGCAUUGCUGUUGCGGAAGUGGCACGCCAAGUCCAAGCACCCAGGCCUUUGGGGCCCCAGCUGCCACACGGAGAUCCGGUGCUACGGCCAGGGCGAUGGGCACGCGUCCGAGGUGUCCACACAGAGCGCGGAGCGGGGCAUCAAGGAGCAGCUGGGCCUUGAUCCCUCAGAGCUGGGUACGCUACUGCACUGCUUCUCCUGCGAAGUCACCGAUGGCAACUGCCAGGAGCUGCUGGACGUGUACCUGGCGCCGCUCAGCAAGCACGGGCUGCCGGCCUUGGCGCUGGAGCCAACAGAGGAGGUGGACUGGGCCUUUUUUGCCCAUGUGCUGUCUCCGGACUUCGCGGCGACAGGGCGGCUGUUCCACUACAACAACACCUACCGCCGGGCCCUUGCCCGGCGUUUGCGCGACUACGCGGUGCCAGAAGAUGUGCGGAACGCCUUCGCGGUAGACCUGGACGCGGAGUUGGGGAAGGCGCCGAUGUCGGCGGCCAUGAAGGUCCAGGCCCAGGCAAUGGCGGUUUCGUGUCGCUUUCGUGUCGCUCGCGGUUUUUGCAAAUGA